GUUGGACGGACGGGGGAGGUGCGCGACGACCGCAGCACGAGCAUCCCGAACGCGCACCAUCGCGCACCGACGCGCAACGCCUCGCAGCAGUCGUCGCGACGUACGAACCCGCGCCCAUCGCGUUACAAUAUCGCGAUCACUUAUUCAUCGAAAUGGGUGUAACGCACAAAGAGUAUCAACGGUAGGGUGUGCUGUGCGCCAGGGUGAACAAGUGCCAUGAGCACGGGGGGUGAAUAAAGUGCAGUGCAUACUGACCGGCCGUGUUUAUUGCCGCUCCGACUCCUCUCAUCCACUCAUCCAGCAGCAGCACCAUCUUCGACGGGCGCCUCUGGCUGCACUCGCUCCGACAACCAUCCGACGCUCUCUUAUCACGGUGCAGAACACCAAUCGAUAACACCUACAUUCAACAAGAAACUGAUACUAAAACACAAUCAGAUAAACAACAACAACAAACAAACAAACUUUAACACCACAAACAACAGUUUCCAAACAACACAUUCUUUUCAUUUCGAAUCUCUUAAGACAUGGUUCUCGCUUCCGGACCAGCAAUUGGCACGUGUUGCGUGCACACCCAUGGCCACUGAUAAAGCUACGGGUCUGCAGAAGCUCGGCCCAUUCCGGGCGGUGUCUAGGCUAGAUUCGCGCAUAGUCGGCAACGGUCGUCCGCCUUCCUCAACGCAGACACAACAGAAACUGCAAUCAGUUCGCUUCGAACCGGCCAAAGUCGGACAACACAACCCGGCGGCUCCACAAAGCGCACUUCAACCGCUCGCAGGUAACCAGCAUCACUUGUUCCUCAUCCGACGAGACAGAAGCAACUACAAAGCGUCAAGAGUUGACCACCGAGUUAUUGAGCAGAGCGCCUGUGCUUCCGGAGAUUUUGAAGGUUCUCGGAGGCUAGACUGAAUGGCUUGCUUGAAGGAUAUGGCUUGGUGUAACUUCAUAAAAAAAAUGCCUUGUGGUGUUAGCAAACGUGUCCCGGAAAACAGGGCUAGGAAGGGCAGCAGGAACAGCGAUGACAAAGGUGGAGAAGGACCUAGCAACGCUGGGGCUGACAAUGGUAACGACAACGGGAAUGGUGGUGGCGGCAGCGGAUUAGCAGGUCUCUGUCGUCGUAAAGACAGCAACUCCAGCACAGCUUCUCCGCCAACUUCGAAGAGUGGUCAUAGCAUUGGCAGUGGGCAGAGCAAGAAGCCCUGCUGCUUAUGCUGGUGUUGUUGCUGCAGCUGUUCUUGGGUUGCCAACAAAACCGGCGCUGCACUACAAAAUUGCUUCGUCCAUCGACCAUUUAAGAAUGGAAAAGUCUGUUGUUGUUGGUGUUGUUCUAAAUGGAAACAAAUAACGAUGAUGAAUGGUGGCGAAGUGAAGCAAAACAGUUUUUGUUGCAGUACCACGCCGUCUAAUGGUAACAUCGAGAAUGGACCAUCUAAGACACCCAACAAUUCCGAUGUUACCAGCUACGAUUCUGAACCACAGGCUCCAAUUGAAGAGAUUAGGACAUGGGGCAAAUCCUUCGACAAAUUGAUGAGGAGUCCUGCUGGUCGACGGCUCUUCCGUGAGUUUCUGAAGUGCGAGUACUCCGAGGAAAACAUCCUCUUCUGGUUGGCCUGUGAGGAUUUGAAGAUCGAGACCAGCACCGAAUCUGUCGAGGAGAAGGCAAGGAUCAUCUACGAGGACUACAUCUCGAUCCUCUCUCCGAAAGAAGUAUCUUUGGACUCUCGUGUCAGGGAGAUCGUCAAUCGCAACAUGGUGAAUCCAACACCAGAUACAUUCGAGGAGGCUCAAGUGCAGAUCUAUACUUUGAUGCAUCGAGACAGCUAUCCGCGUUUCGUCAACUCGGCCUUGUACAAGAACUUGGCCCAACAUGGCAACAUCGAGCCGGACCUCGAGUCAAUCCACGACUCCGACAGCCAAAACGGUUAGAUCAUUUGUUUUGAGGGAAAAAAAAGAGAGAGAGCGCAUUUACUUAUUUUCAUUUCGUUUUUGCUAUUUGCUGUACGGCCUAAACUAUUUGUUUUGCGAUUUCAUCCCGUUUCCGCAAUAUCAGAUUCAAUAUUGUUUCAGAUUAGAUUUGUGUUUAUGUUGUCGUAAAUAUGCAGAAGAAGAAAAGAUGGAAAGAUCUUUAAACAAAAAAAACUAUGAGAGAGAGAGAGAGAAAGAAAGAGAAAAUAAUGUCGAGGAAGAAGAAGAUUACUUUAAUUUGCGUUUGACGGAUACGGUUGUUAUGAUUAUUUGAAGGCCUAAAUUUGCGAUUUACCACCAGAAAAUUUUUAAAAGAAAAAAAAAAACAAAACACGCCGACGAAAUUGAACCCAACAAAAUGAAUAAGACAAUAACUCGGGCAGCGUCGCGGAAGGGCUGAAUGUAAAGGGCUGUCGAAAACCGAAAAGGAAGUUGUCUAUAAGUUAUGGUCAUUGGUAUUGCAAGAUCUUUAGCCGGGCGCACGCCAAGUUAGAGUUCUUCAGAUCAUUCCUGUACGAGACCAUUAAAUUAAGUUUGAAAAUUUUGAACGGACUACUACACAACAUUGGUUUGCAUAUGACGUUUUGUUUUGUUUCUUUUCUUUUAAUCGUAAUUUCAAGUAUUAAGGAGAAAAACCUUUAUAUGCCCAAAAUGUACCGAGAAAGAUGUUACAUCACCAGCACCAUCCCAAAACCCCUAACCUUAACCACCCAUUGACCUAUCGCUCACCACCUAUCACUAACCUAUCUGUGUUGUAUUCCUGACCCCUGAUCAUCAUUAGUUGUUAGUAGAAGACGCGUCGCCGAUCAUAGGUGCAUCCUCUCAGAUGGAUCGCGAUGGCUUUCCUUCAUCCUAGACCCUGGUCCAAAAUCUCUGUGACCAAGACCAAUAUGUACCUACCUACAAAAAAAAAACCUUGUAUAUCCGAAUGUAUCCUAUCGCCGCUGACUCAACAAUAUAACAAUGUGAUAUAUAUUUACAUUAUAGCGGUAGCGAUUCGAUCACACGCACCUCCACCCUCUGAAGAAGGACGAAAUAAGUAAAAAAAACUCCUUCCUUCACUUAUACUAAUAAUCACAAGAAAAUCUACGCACACAAAAACACUUGUACCCAAAACAACCCCCACCGCCGUUUCGACAUCCCCACACCCUCAUUUACAUUACAUUACAAUAUAGUUACACUAAUAAUCGACACACUGUGAAUUUAUUAAAAAAUAUAUUAAUAAAAAAAAUAAGUAUAAUACGU